AUGAGCGCAUCGGUACCAGGGUUUUGCGCUCGUGAUGUGAUAGGUUGUAAAGGCAUGUUCCACCUCCUCAAUGCUGAUUACCGUAUCCUAGGCAGCUCAGGCUGGUUCCAGGAAGACGGUGUCCUACUGCCUUCCCUGGGGAGCGUGGGAAGCGGCAAUGGCAAUGAUAUGGGCGAGGGCCGCUCACCCGGUGCACCGACGGCGCUCGACGGCUGGCUGUGGUAG